AUGUCUCUGCAUGGUCUACGAGGCACUUCGCGAGCCAUUCGUGGCUUCGCCAGGCCCGUUGUGGCCGCUCGACGAGCAAAGUCGUCGAUGGCCAUGGACGGCCAGCAGCAGCUCCUCGCCGCUCAUUUGCAGCAGGCCGACCCUACUGUUUUCGAUAUUAUUGAGAAUGAGAAAAAACGCCAGAAGCACUUCAUUAACCUCAUUCCCUCGGAGAACUUUACUUCCCAAGCCGUGCUGGAUGCCCUUGGCAGCGUUAUGCAGAACAAGUACUCUGAGGGUUAUCCCGGUGCUCGAUACUAUGGCGGCAACGAAUUCAUCGAUCAGUCUGAGCGUCUUUGCCAGCAGCGCGCUCUUGAGGCCUUUGAGCUGGAUCCUGAAAACUGGGGUGUCAAUGUUCAAGCCCUCUCCGGCGCCCCCGCCAACUUGUACGUCUACUCUGCGCUCAUGAACACCCAUGAUCGUCUGAUGGGUCUUGACCUUCCUCACGGCGGUCAUUUAUCCCACGGGUACCAGACUCCCACCAAGAAGAUCUCCUUCAUCUCCAAGUACUUCGAGACUGUCCCCUACCGCCUCGACGAGUCCACCGGUUUGAUCGACUACGACAAGCUCGAGGAGCUUGCGCUCAUCUACCGCCCUAAGAUCAUUGUUGCUGGCGCCAGCGCUUACAGCCGUCUCAUCGACUACAAGCGCAUGCGCGAGAUCUGCGACAAGGUCAACGCCUACAUGUUGGCCGAUAUGGCUCACAUCUCCGGUCUCGUUGCCGCCAAGGUCCUGCCUGGACCUUUCCCCUACGCCGACAUUGUCACCACCACCAGCCACAAGAGUCUGCGAGGCCCCCGAGGAGCUCUCAUCUUCUUCCGAAAGGGCGUCCGUCGCACCAACCCCAAGACCAAGGUUGACGAACUUUACAACCUCGAAACACCCAUCAACUCGUCCGUUUUCCCCGGCCACCAGGGUGGUCCUCACAACCACACCAUUACCGCUCUCUCUGUCGCCCUCAAGCAGGCCCAGACUCCCGACUUCCACGCGUACCAGUCCCAGGUCCUCUCUAACGCCAAGGCCUUCGCGAAGCGCCUCGGCGAAGAGAAGGGUAAAGGCGGUCUUGGAUACAGCAUUGUCAGCGGCGGCACCGACAACCACCUCGUUCUCGCGGAUCUCAAGCCUCACGGUGUCGAUGGCGGCCGUGUCGAACGUAUCCUUGAGCUCGUCGGCGUAGCGGCCAACAAGAACACCGUCCCCGGCGACCGCUCUGCUCUCGUCCCUGGUGGUCUCCGCAUGGGCACUCCCGCUAUGACGACCCGUGGCUUCGGCGAGAACGACUUUGUCCGCGUCGCCGACAUUGUGGACCGCGCCGUCACCAUCGCCGCCCGCAUCGACAAGACCGUCAAGGCGGCCGCCAAGGAGCGUGGUGAAAAGAGCCCCGGAAAGCUCAAGCUCUUCCUGGACCACGUCGGUAACGGCAACUCGGAGCCCGAAAUUGUGCAGUUGCGAAGCGAAGUUGAGGAUUGGGCUGGUACCUUUCCCUUGCCCUGGGAGGCUAGCCAAUAA